AUGGCCGCGGAGCAGAACAUGGGCCAAAUCCUGACCGCGAUCGAGAAGCGGACAGCUGCCGAGUUCACAGGCCUCGAGCUGCGCAGAGAAGAAGGGCGUCAGCGCAUCGUGAAAGACGGCGAGUAUCUCGCCUCCAAGAUGGAAGCGCUCAAAGGCCUUUCCUGGCCAGGCAGCCAGCUGGCGGCGAUGCUCAAGGAGAAGCAGGUCCGCGGACCUGUGCCCGAGCCCGUGCCAGAGCCACAGGCGCAGGCGCAGCCGCCAAAAACGCUAGCAUCCACGGAUAUCUCGUAUCAGCCUCGCCUUCCAGCCUUGCGUAUCAGUCGUCUUCAGGGAACAGACGCCGCCGCUGCCCUCGGCUCCGGCGACUUUCCCAGCAUGGUGAUGCCCUACCUACGUCAUUGCGGAUACAGUCUUUUCGGUCUCAGAGCCAUCCGGAAGCAUCUGGAACGAGACCGCAGGCCAUCUACUGCCAGCCGCUGCAGCGAGCUGCUCAAGAGUUCCUCCUUCCUCCUCUCUCCUUGCCUGUUAGAAGAGCAGGGCAAGGGCAAGGAGAAGAAGAUCGAGGUGUGGGAGGUCUUCAACUCGGCCUCGGCUCCAACGCAUGCGAAUGGCUAG